AUGGCUUUGCCUCCCGAGCACAUCAAGAUCAAGCGUCGUAGGGAGGAGGAGCCUGUGGAAACACUCUAUAUUCAGUCCCAACUGCAUCAGACCAAAAGACGGUUCACAGACUUUGUCUUCCAGAGGGUUCGGUUCGAUGGCGAUGAAGGCCAUGGUCCUUCGGAUGCCGUUACCCCUCCCACUUCUGCUGCAAAGCAGAAUGUGCGCAGCCCGCGGUCUGUGAGCAGCUCUGCCUUCACCAGCUUUCCUCCCUCGGCCCGUGCUACGGCAGGAGGGGUCCCCGUUGUGCGGGCGACUUCUCCUGGCGCGGAGUUCCGAGAAGAGAGGCAGCGUGCUGCAGCUCGACGUGAAGUGGAGGAGAGGAGGAAACGUGCCCUGGAAUCCACUCCGCAUUCACGCAAAGCAAGCGGUUCGCUGGGUGGACCGUCGCCUAAGUCGAAGCGCAGAGACACUCCUGUGUCGUCUCGUAGUGGCUCUCCGACUUUUCCUACGUCUCUGCGGCGAUUCCAGAUCUCUAGGUCCCUCGGGUCUACGGGUGUUCUCAAAGCUGCCGGUGGAGGCGUCCAGAAAAAGAAGGGCAGCGUACCUGCUCAAGCAGUGCUUGUGGAGAAGCUCACCCGUAGUCCAUCCGUGAAAGCCGCAUCAGCGUUGGAGGAACUUGCACGAGAAUCUGAAGAUGCGUCGGUCGACACCAGUCCUCCGCGCGAGCGUGCAGAACCUGAAAAGGACGCUCAGGAGGAGCCAGUCCGUCCCAGAAAACGCCCUGUUGUCAACGAAGCAGAGAAGCGCUGGAGAGAGUCGCAGAAAGCUACGAUCGCGGCGGCCAAAGCCAAUAUCACGUCUAAGUACGACGGGGCGGAUGAUCUGGACCGACUGGCGCAGGAACUCGAACAAGUGGUCUUGGACUUGGAGCAGAAUGACCAGGAGAUGAAACCUGCAGAGCCAAUUCCACCUAGCCCGUCAACUGUCCGGCCUGUGUUCCCCAAGCCACCGCCGUUGAAGUACCAGCCCAAGCCGCCGAAGUCCAGAUCACGGACUUUGAGCCCUGGAGCUAAGGCUGGUGGCGGCGUUCAAGACACCAUGCAGGUGGAGCCAGCACCACCAGCUCCUGCGACAACCCAGGACACUGCAAAGGAUGAGGCCGACGAGGACAGCGACGGCGACUACGUCUAUGACACCUACAUCCGACGGCCGUUGCCAGCUGGCUCCAUGCUCACGAAUCCUCUCUUGGACCUGGAAGCAGCCGACGACGCCUUGCUGCGGCAGAAUGGAAUCGACCCGACACGCAAGGACAUUGGUGUCGUGGUCAUUACUGAAGAGGAUGAAUAUCUCUGGGACGAUUUUGCGGAAGACGAGGUAGACGAGGAGAACUGGGACGGCGAAGAUGUGGAUUCGAAUGCCGAAGAUAACCCCGCCAACGACUAUCCCGACGAAGAGCUCUCGUCGGCCGAUGAAUUCGACGACCCGACCGCCAUCUACAGCCGGUAUCGCCACGGGGCCUCAGACGACGAGGAGUACGAUCUCAACGAGUACGACAGCGAAGAGGAGCGGCAUGGAUUCGGCCGUUAUCAAUAUGGAUAUGGACGUGGACGUAGACGCGGACAUUCCGACGAUGACGACGACGAUGAGGACGGUGAUAAUGAAGAUGAUGACGAUUACUAA